UGCGAAGAGGGCUACGUGGGGGACGGCAGCAGCUGCUUCUUCGACCACUGCAGCAGCAGCCCCUGCGCCCCGGGCUCCUGCAGCUUGGUGGCGGGGCGGGCGCGCUGCAGCUGCCCCGAGCACUACGAGGUCGCCAGCAGCAGCAGCAGCAGCAGCAGCAGCAGCAGCAGCGGGGGGGAGCGCUGCCAGGUGGUGGACGCCUGCAGGGACAACCCCUGCGGCGACGCUGCUGCAGCAAAAAGCUGCACCCACGAGGGCCCCGGCAGGUACAGCUGCAGCUGCCAGCUGGGCUUCACUGCAGCAGAAGUGGGCGGGCUGCUGCGCUGCGAGAGCGUCUUCAGCUUCCUGACUUGUGCUGCUGCUGCUGCAGCGUGUGGGGUGGAGGGCGUCGCCGGGUGUACAGACACCGCAGCAGGGGUGCUUUGCCAGUGCCAGGAGGGCUUCGAACUCGUCAAAGAAACCACCAAGUUCAGCUGCAGACGCAAAGACCCUUGUUUGCAAAACCCCUGCGGCGACGCUGCUGCUGCCAGCAGCUGCGUGGCCACUGCUGCUGCUUACGUCUGCAGCUGCAGGGAGGGCUACAGGGCCGUGGAGGGGGCCUCGGGGCCCUACUGCGCUGCGGAGCAGCAGCAAAACUCCUACCUCCUCUACGCCGGCCUUGCUGCUGCUGCGCUGCUGCUGCUCGCUGCUGCUGUCGCCUGUACCUACACCCGCAAGGGGCCCGAACUCGCCGAAGACGAAAUUCUUUUCCUCCAGGAAAAUGCUGCCGACGUUUCUGCUUCCGCCUACUACGGGCAAGCCACUGCCUGGGGGUAG